ACCGAGUCGGAGAGGGAACGGCAACCCUAUCUAGUCGUAAGUAAGAUCGAGAGAGAAGAAAAAAAAAGGAAAAGAAAAAGAAGGAAGAGGGUUGAGGAGGAGGAGGAGGGAGGUGAUGGCGAUGAUGCGAUCGGCUUUGGCGAGGGUAUUCCGCCGCUCCGCCUCCGGAUCCUGUUCUGCUCCAGCGGGGGUGUGCCGCCGCCGGCCGGAGAUCAUCGACCAGGCGCCGCCACUGCCCUCCCUCCGCCCCGCCGCGAUGCCGCACAUGUCUGUAGCCGCCGCCGCUGCAGCUGCGCCCACUCGCCGCCUCCUCCAGGGACCGCGACAAUUCCUCGUCAUCUCUGAAGCAACCGAGGGUGUGAAGUGGGCAGGGCAGAAGAGGUUCUUCUCCAUGGAAAGGAAUGCUAAUGGUUUUAAGCUUAUGGAAUCAGCAAGGCUGGCAGUCAAGAAGAUCAAGGCAUUGGGUAAUGCAAGGAUCGAGAUUGAUCCACGGAAUGAGUUCUAUGUUGUAGCAGUAGCAACUGCGAUAUCUCUUUGGCUGAUGUCAAGACAAUAUCGAAGCCUUGGCGACCCCACAUUUCCUGGUGGCAGCAUGAAAAAGCUUCAGGCUUGGAAGCGUGUUUCUAAACUUAACUCUGGGAAAUCUAAUAAUGCUGAUGAGUGAUGUCGAUGGCACUCUUGAUGGAGGGUAAUCUUUGCUGCAAUAUGCGUGGUAGAGUUGGUCGUAUUUAUUAGUUAAGUCAGUAAAGAACAUGUAGUAGAGUGACUGGUAUUGUAAUUUUAUUUAUAUGAAUAUUUACUGUGCCUUCUUCUCGUACUAGUUGACUAGCUAAACUGAAUGAAGAACUUAUCCAGUUGGCCCCUUGUCCAUGUGAAAAAUUCCAUACAAUGGCCUGUUAAUGGUUGUUUUGCCGGAUCAGCCAAAGAAAUAUAGGCUGACCAAAUUU